UGGUCUUCUGGCGGGUUUGCUGUGGUUUUUGGUUCGGUUUUUUGUAGUGUUUGGCGGGGUCUCUUGUCGGGCGGUGACUUGUGGCGUUUGGGGUGGGUUUUCUGUGGUGUUUAGAUAGGCUCGCAGCCGUCUCUGGCGGGAGGGCUCUGGUAGUCUUUUCUUGGGUUUGCUGUGGUGUUGAGGCGGGUUUGUUGUGGUGGUCUGUUGGGUCUACUGUCGGGGGGAGGCUUGUGGAGUUUGGAGUAGGUUUUAAGUGGUGUCUAGGUAGGUUCUUGGCAGGUGUCUCUGGUGGCGGGGGGCUUGCCGUGCUCGCCUUCUGAGUUUGUUGCUAUCUUCAAGUGGCUUCUUGUUGUUGUGUUUGUGCUGUAAGUGGUCGGUGCUGGCCUUUACCACCAGACGGGCUUGCUGCUGUUUGUGGCUGGAUAUAGGCUGCCGAUGGUGUUUGGGGUGGGCUUGUUGCGCCCUUUUGGUGGGUUUGCUGCUUCUUUUGGGGUGGGUUUGUUGUGGUGUUUGGCUGGGUCUGUUGUCAGGUGGAGGGCUUGGUGUUGGAGUGGUUUUGUAGCGGUGUCCCCUGGCUGGGUUUUCGAUCGUCUUCGGCGGCGUUUUUUUGUCGUCUGUGGCUGGGUGUGUCGUGGUGUUUGGGGCGGGUUUUCUGUGGUGUUUGAGUGGUUUUGUAGCUGUCUCUGGCGAGGGGCUACUGAAGUUGCUGGGCGGGUUCUUUGUUGUAGUGUUUGUGGGUGGGUUUGCUGUUGUGUUUGGGUGGGUCGCUGCCGGCCGUUAAUAAAGGGCUUUGCUGCAGUUUCGGACUCGGUUUCUUAUAGUGUUUCGGGGUGGGUUUGCCGCUGCUUCAUUUUGGCUGUUUUGCUGCUGCGUUUUGGUGGGUUUGUCGUGGUGUUUGGCUGGGUCUGUUGUCGGCUGGGGGGCUUGUGGUGUCUCCUUGGGUUUUUUGCGGUGUCUUCCAGCUGAGUUCUCAGUCGUCUUCG